GUCAAAAUUACCUAAAUUAUAUUUUUUACUUACUGUCCGGAUGAGUUAGUUAACAACAAAUCAGUAAUGAAUUGUUUAUUUGUUCUUUUUUGUUUUCUUGUAUUCGAAACGAAAAUUCGCCACAGUUGUCAUUUGGAAAUGUCACUGCCUCAGAGACCUUCUCACAGUCAUUGGUCCAUGGAACCGUUACCCCCAUCAGAACCACAGAAAAUGUGCCCACUCGAAUUAAGCAUAUUCCCCUUGAAACAGAUCUGUCCUCAGCCAAAGCCACUGUCGUUCCAAUAAUGACACCUUCUCUGCCAACAGAGAGAAAAAACGCAACCAAAAGCGAUUCUCUGGACGCGACGCGGGGCAAGACGAACUCCACGGAACCGGCGAAGGAAAUGGUCACUGAGAAAACUGUGGUUAAGCAUAUUCGCAGGAAAAGAGGACCCACUACUCUUGCUGAAGUGACAAUGCCAUUCAAUUUCGUCACCCUACAUAUGCCGUGCGAAAUGGACCUUCCCUUUAACCAGAUUACUAGGAUGCCCGCUCAUUGCCAGUGGCUGUACAACAAUAGGUAUAAUUCCGAAUCAUUUUACAGGGCCUACAUGCUGAUGAAAGCUGAGGCCUUCUUUUUUGGCCAAUAUCAUGAGCGCUUGAGGCGAUACGAGUUGGAUGCGCGCGUGUUUUCUUACAACUGAUCCACAGUUCCCAAAAUCUUUCAAAUUAUUUUAAAGUCUAACUAAAUCCAGAGUGGUACAAAUUAAUUAAUUGAAAAAAUUCAAUGUCACAUAAAUCAAAAGUGA